AUGUUCUUUGUGAAUUCCCGCCCGUGUGGGUUGCCGCAGAUUGCAAAGGCGUUUAAUGAGGUGUAUAAGUCGUUUAAUGUGUCUCAGUCGCCCUUUGUGUUUGCUGAUUUCCAUAUGGAUACGAACGCUUAUGAUGUUAAUGUGUCCCCGGAUAAGCGGACCAUUCUGUUGCAUGAUGCGGGAGCGCUGAUUGAUUCGCUGAAGGAGUCGCUGGUGCAACUGUUUGAGUCGUCGGAUCAGACGGUGCCGCAGUCGUUGGUUGUUGGGUCGAAGCCGACUCCUACUAUCAAACAACGCUUGGGAAGUUUGCAGUCUCAGACUCAGAGUCCGAACCGGCCUGCAGUGGAUGAUGUGAAUUCCUCGGCGGCUGAUGAUCAGGAACCAGUAGGAAGCCAGGGGACUGGGGAAGUGCAGUCGAGCUCGCAGGACCGGAUGAAGAGCUUCUUGAGCGGCCUUGGUGCCCGUGGCAGUAGUCCAGCAGUGUCCUCUCCUGCAGGCCGGGAUGCAUCAAGCGUACAAGAGAAGCCUAUGCCUUCGUCACCUCAAGACCAGUCUAAACCAAUGGAAGAAGACAAUGACCUCUUCGUGAGGCAGGACUCCCCUGGUGAACCACAGCAUCUCAUACAAGAGGAAACCGCGGACGAAGUCCCCCAACAGCGUGACGAUAAUCUCUCGUCUCAAGACAUGGCUCCUGAGGAGCCUUCGUCGACGCAGAUAGCCGACUCCCUGGAGGAGACACCCAAUACUAUCCAAAACGCGUUUGAUCGGAUGCGGCCAAGGCGAAUGCCUCCUGAGAUGGCUACCAUUACUAUCGGCAACCGGACCGUUACGUCUAUGGUGGGGAGUGGGUUGCCCAGAAAGCGGUCCGUAGGUGCUGGUGAUGCCGCUGGCCCUACGACCCGCAAAAGACGGAUACACACCCCUUCGCGUCCUAGCAUAUUCGGCAAGCAUAUGAGGGAUUUUGCUGCUCCAGGAUCACAAAUGGAGCCGGAAAGUGAAGACGAAGAAAUUCUGGAUGACGAGGCCGAAGAUGCAAGUGAGGAGCCUGUAGAGGAAGAAGAGGAAGAAGAAGAAGUCGAGGAAGAAGUGGAAGAUGGUGAAUCUCAAUCUUAUGCUCCGUCAGACAAUGAGGAGGAUCACCCUCCCGAAGAUGUUAGCAGUGACCACCAUAACCACGAAGCCAGCAAUGGCAAUGAUUCUCAAAACUCACAACAGCUCAGCUCCUCGAGGGAGAACAUAAGCGAGGAAGAGAAAAAGCGCCAUGAAGAAGCAGAAGUCCAACGACUCAUCCAAGAAGCAGAGGACAAAGCAGCAUUGCCACAAGACAACAACAUUCAUCGCGCCAACAAGAUGAAUAAGGGGGCUGCUCACCGUGACUCUACUGUGCAGCUAAUGAGUACUAUCGAUGGUUCUCUUUCCAAGAUACAAUCACAGCUUGGGCAACUACAGGAAAGCCUCCGCCGUUGGGAAGAGCACCACGGCCCUUCACAGGGCGAAGAUGAGAUGGCAGCGCAACAAGAAACGGCUGAGGAGAGACUAUCUUUAACGGUCAGCAAAGAAGACUUCACCAACAUGCGGAUAGUCGGGCAGUUCAAUCUCGGGUUCAUCCUAGCUACGCGCUCAUCCGCCGAUGACACGGGUGCUGGAUCAUCAGCAAAAGACGAACUCUUCAUCAUAGACCAGCAUGCCUCUGAUGAAAAGUUCAACUUCGAACGACUGCAGGCAGAAACCGUAGUGCAGAAUCAGCGCCUCGUCCAACCGAAGCGCCUCGAUCUCACUGCAGUGGAGGAGGAAAUUGUCAUUGAGAAUCAAGCCGCGCUGGAAAAGAACGGCUUCAUUGUAGAAGUGGACGAAAGCGGAGACGAGCCUAUCGGGCGCCGCUGCAAGUUGGUCUCGCUGCCCUUGAGCAAAGAAGUGGUCUUUGGGGUUCGGGAUUUGGAAGAGCUCAUUGUAUUAUUGUCGGAGACGCCUACCAACGCUGCACGGUCAGCAUCAGGAAUGUAUAUACCCCGUCCGAGCAAAGUGCGGAAGAUGUUCGCCAUGCGGGCAUGUCGGUCGAGCAUCAUGAUCGGCAAGACCUUGACGGUCAAGCAGAUGCAGAAGGUGGUGCAUAAUAUGGGCACCAUUGAUAAGCCGUGGAAUUGUCCCCAUGGCCGGCCAACUAUGAGGCAUCUGAUGAGCUUGGGGCAAUGGAACGAAUGGGAUGAGUUGGACGAUGAGGAAGACGAACCAGUAGAUUCAUUGGAUAUAUGGCGAGGGUUCUACCAGGAAAUGGCUGCACAGAGCGAGGAGGAAGCUGAGGAAGCUGAGUAG